CGAGACGUCAUAUAUUCUCGCGCCUGCGCUUCCGAGCCACCUCCAUCACACCCAACCACAACCAUGGCGUUCCUCUUACGGCGGCCCUUCGCCAUUCCAGCGACCAUCAAACAGUCCGUAUCCAGAACAUCACAGCUCUCGGUGCGCGGCUUCCACAACACGCCACUUAAGCAGCAUCCCCAAUUCUUCAAGUCCAAGGCACCCACUCUAACCACCGCCACCAAUGUCUCCAAAUUCCAGUCGACCUUCCGCCGCUCGUACCAGCAGGCUUCCAUCAACAACCCCCUCGCGCAGGGCGAUGCGCGCCAGCGCCUCCUCUACGGCGCCGGCAUCUUCGGUGCGACGCUGCUCGGUAUCAACCUGAUCUUCAACCGCGAGACACGCGAGGAUGGCGGCAUGCCGCCCUUUGAGCGCGCCUACCUCAACGACACAUUUCUGCACACUGGUCUCGGCAUUGGUAUUAUUGGCGUUGCUGCCCGCGCCAUGCACAUGAACGGCUGGUCUUUCAGGCUCAUGUCCGCCAACCCGUGGCUGGUCAUGGGCGUCGGUCUUGCUGCCAGCAUCGGCACCAUGUACGGCACCAUGGCCACCAGCCCGCAAAACUACGUCCAGAAGUACGCGCUCUGGUCCGCUUUCAACGUGACCCAGGCUGCCCUCCUCGCCCCGCUCUUCUUUAUGCAUCCCGCUAUUCUCGCCCGUGCCGGUCUCUACACUGCCGGUCUGAUGGGCUCGCUCGCCUUCGUCGGCGCCACCGCCAAGACAGACAAGUACAUGUACCUCGGCGGCCCGCUGCUGGCUGGUGUCGCCAUCGUCGCCCUGUCCGGCCUCGCCCCCAUGGUCAUCCCCGCCACCGCCGCCCGCACUCUGAUGUGGAGCGAGAACAUCUGGCUGUACGGCGGCCUCGCGGUCUUCGGUGGCUUCACCCUGUACGAUGUCCAGAAGAUUCUGCACCACGCGCGCCUGGCGGAGCAGGGCCUUAUGCCCAAGGACCCGGUCAACGAGUCGAUCCACCUCGAGCUGGAUUUCAUCAACAUCUUUGUCAGGAUGGUUCAGAUUCUGGCCAUGCAGCAGCGCAGGAAGUAAACAGGUGUGGAGUGAGUGGCGCAUAGACGCAGCACUGUAGUAUAGGUCGUUACGUGCACGACGAUUGCACAGCGUCUUGGGACGCGUUGAGGCAGCUUAUCAGUAGCCAGAAUGUACAAUAUUCUUUUCAAAAACUGUAAAUGAUCACACUACUUUUUCAACUGCCUCGUCGAUUAGUCUGCAACUGGAAGCAUUUCCUUUCGAAAGCGUGGUAUUCGUUAGCCUUGGACCUUAGAAAUGCUUG